CCCCACGCCAACCCCCCCUGUUCCCCAUCCACCUUCCAUUGCCGAAGAUGUCUUUCUUUGGCUUUGAUACCACCCUGCCCAGGGACCGGGCUGCUCCCUCGGAGCGGAGAGGUAUCUUCGAGACCCCUGAUCCGUUCGCCGAGGUCGCUCGCGCCCGUGCUGCAGGAUUCCAAGGCGGCGACGACGACGAUGACGAAGUCAUUGACUUUGAGGAUACCUACGAUGGCCUCGGCGACCAGCUCGAUGACGAUCAGGAUGCCUUCAACGACGACACCUUCGGCGACGACCUCGGCGCUCCUCCGGUCGGAAAGGACUUCGACUUCUUCGGGAAGACUGCGCAGGUGGCUGAUGCCAUCGGAGAAGAGCAAAUUCGCUAUAGUCUUCAGAAACCCAGAGCGCCUCCCGCCGCUGCUGUCACUGCAGAUAUCGCUGCCGAUCCUGCCGUGACUGCUGCGGCCGGGAAGCCGAAACGGACAGGCUAUGAGAAGUACUCGGAUCCUGGGUACAUCCCGGACCUCCAAGCUAAGUCGAGCGUCUGGGGCGUGCAGAAGAAGCAAGAUCCUACACCAUUCAUGAUGGCGCAGGCACAAGCGCAGGCGCAAGCACAAGCGCAGGCGCAAGCACAGGCACAGGCACAGGCACAGGCACAGGCGCAGGCGCAGGCACAGGCACAGGCGCAGGCACAGGCAAAGAAGAUGCUUAGCCUGGAGGAAGUGGAGGCGCAGUUGCGGAGAUAUCCAUCGGCACUGCCUGGUCAAGUCCCGGUCUCACUCCCUCAGUCGAUGCCUGAGCCUGCCCAUCCCCUCCAGCGGGCUCAGAUGCCUCCUCUACCCGAAGGCUUCGCACAGCUGCCGCCCGAGCUUCUGCACGCUCAGUUCGCGAAGGGUGUUCCACCGCCGGCGCAGCUGCUGCAUCAACCGCCAAUGGUUCCUGAGCCGUACCCUCUCGCUCCGCAUGCUCCCAAUAUGCCAAUGCAUCUAUUGCAGAAUGCCAACAUGCCCCCGCAGCACAUGGGUCCUCCUCAACGUCAGAUGAUGCCACCCGGAGGCCCCCGGGCCCAGCAACAACAGCCUCCCCCGCCGCCUCAGAACAUGCGGGGUAACAACGCCCAGCUGCCCGUGAUCACCAAUCCUCAGCAAUUGAUGCAUCUGUCGGAAGAGCAACGUGUUGCAUACCUGAUGGAAGAUGCCAAGCGCGCCAAGCGGAACCACAAGAUCUUCCUUCUGUCCAAGGGCAACGGACUUAUGACCCCACAAGACAAGAACUUCAUUACCCGUAUCCAGCUCCAACAACUGGUGGCUGCCGCCGGUAACGUGGUCGACUCGGAUUCAGAAGCCGUUUUGGCAGAGGACUUUUACUAUCAGGUCUACAGUCAGAUCCGAGGCGCUCCUCGGCAACAUCCUCACCAGCCUCUUGGUCACUUUGCGCAGACAUAUCUUCUGCAGACCGGCAACCGUCUGGGCGGUCACGGCAAUCGGAGACAGUUCCAGAAUGCCGAUAACCACAUGCAGAGAAUGCAACAGCAGGUUCAGCGGGCCGUUGAAGCUGCUAAGGCAAAGCCGAAGAACAAGCAACUCAUCAUCGAAGGCAGCUUAGGCAAGAUCUCUUUCGGCAACGCGAAGGCUCCGAAGCCCAUGCUCAAUCUCAAGCGUCCCGAGAGCUCCGAAGGUGGCAAGUCAUUCAAGAAGCCCCAGACCGACCUGAGUUUGAGCGACCGAAAGUCUAUCCUGACCAACAUCGAGAGCGUCUACAGUACCUUGAUGGAAAUGGAAGAUAUGGAGCGCACCAUGCCACCUCCGCCAGAUGAGAACGAUCCCGAGGCUAUUCAGAAGCAUAUGGAAUGGCGGCAGAACGUUCGCUCGCUCAACCAGAAAUUGUGGCGCGAACUCAAGGUCAUGGAACCUAUUGUCCCGAACACUAACACUCCUCACCCGUUCAUCGCUUUCCUUUCCUACCCCAAGGGCAAGAAGGCCAUCCCACGAAUUUUCCGCCACAUUGACCAAGAACAACGUGUUACGAUUCUUACCAUGAUCGUUGUUCACCUGGAUACCCUGGACGUCGUCCGACGCGCACAACCUGUGCCGGGUGAAACCCAGCCAUCCUUGGCCGUCCGUGAAGCCAUCGACCUUUUCUCUCAGACUGUCAUGCCUAGCCUUCUCGGUUACGUCAACGAAGCUCCAUUCAAUAUUAUCAUUGGGUUGUUGGGACUUGUGAUUGCGCAGACUCAUGUUCAGUUAGUGGCCAAGACUAGGAUUGGCCUCGGAAUCCUGACGAUGCUCUUGAGUCGUGCGGAAAUUGUGAAGGAAGCCGACCAAGCUUCAGAGAGAGACUGGCAGCAAUGGGUAGAGAAGUUCAACGUACUAUUUGAUACGCUAGAGCCCACUUUUGCCGACUUAUUCCCCAGUUCGAUCAACGCGGGCGACGACAUGUAUGUUUGGCAAUUCUUGGCCGCUGUCGGUAUUGGCGCCAGCCCCGAUCAACAGCAGCGCCUGGUCAUUGCAGUGAAGGACCGUGUGAUGGAGACUGUUACGUAUAGCAAGACGCUUCCUGCCGACAUGGCCAGCCAGCGUCUCGGAAACGUCAACCUCUUUAUGCGGGCCAUCGGUCUGGACGUCGAACUUUUGGGUUAAAAGCCGACGAGGACGUGCUUCUCAGGCCUGAUUUAGACCUCGGUACUUCGCGACACAACAGACUCCGCGUUGGUCAGGCCGGGCAAUCUGAGGCCCUUACCUGUGCGGGUCUACACCUGUACGCAAUGCAGUAUGCCAUAGGCGGCAUGUCUUCGCGCUGAAUGGGCUGAUCAGACGUGAGCCACGGCUCAACAAAACCACUCUCUGGGUGUUAUAAACCAGAGGGACAGAAAAGGGAGGCCGCUGACAGACAGGGUCGGCUGGCACUCUCGGAAGCAGAAUUGGAAGAAGACAAGCCCAACCGUGGUGUCUGCCCACCUUUGGCGGUGCUGAAUGCGAAGUGCAUUCUUGAUGAUGUAUUACCUACCUAUUUACGUAUCCUAUUAGUUUUGUUAUGUCCUACAGCGAGAUUUGGGGGACAUGUUUUCGAAAGUCGUGUCAAUAGCUCUCCGUUCAUGUUCU